CUCGUGAGAGGAAGGCGUCGCUCCUUCUCGUCGUGUAUAUCUGUGGCCGCUCCGAGAAUAAGUCCUGUGAUUUGAAGUGAUUUGUGUGAAAUAUUUCGAGUGAGUGAAAGAUACAAUGACGUAAAUGCAGAGUGUGGUCGUUUUUUAAAAAGGAAGUGGCGAAAGAAAAAGAGAAAAGUUACGGGGAUUUGAAGUCGCUGUGACGAGGCGCUGCUUACCUGUCCUGAACAAAAUGGGUGACGAGGCCAUCACGGCGCGUCGCGCGCAGGAGCGGGAGAACCUCCGCCACAUCAUCCAGCAGUGGAACGCCAACAGACUUGACCUCUUCGAAAUCUCAGAGCCCAAUGAGGAUUUGGAGUUCCACGGCGUGAUGCGGUUCUACUUCCAGGACUCUGGCCAGAAGGUGGCCACCAAGUGCAUCCGCGUGUCCAGCAACGCCAACUGCCGCUACGUGAUCGAGACGCUGGUCGAGAAGUUCCGGCCGGACAUGAGGAUGCUCUCCAUCCCCGAGUACGCGCUCUACGAAAUCCACGAGAAUGGAGAGGAGCGACGACUCGCCGACGACGAGAAGCCUCUGCUGGUGCAACUCAACUGGAACAAGGACGACCGCGAGGGGCGCUUCCUGCUGCGAAGGAUGGACCUCAAGUCCGCCAUGGGGGGAGAGGCAGGUCAUACCAUAGUCAACACCCUGCCUCCUCACCCCACCACUCCCGUGCCUUCCAAAGACCAGCCUUUCACACGCAAGCUCUCCAAGCGCGAGAAGAAGGAGCUCAAGAAGGCAGAGAAAAUGCGAAGAGCCAAUGAGACAAAUGAGAAUGAUUCCUCUGUAGCUGAGAAAUUAUAUACAGAAUUGCCAGAGACAAGCUUCACACGCAGCAUAAGCAACCCUGAGGCAGUUAUGAGACGACGACGAGCACAGAAGUUAGAGAAGAAGCUGCAACAGUUUCGAAGUAAAGAUGGUGGGCCAGACACAGGUGGCACUCUGAAGAUUUAUGGUGAAUCUCUACGUCCUGAUGUGCCUUACAAGACACUGCUUCUGUCUGUCCGUGACAAUGCUCUUAGUGUUGUUCGGGAGAUGCUCGACAAAUAUGGGCUCUAUAAGGAAGACCCCAAUAACUACUGUCUCAUACAGAAUGUAGUUGGAGGUGACGAAGGAUAUGGAGGAGCCACGUCCCCACAGAAGGAAUAUAUCCUUGAUGAUGAUGAAUGUCCUUUGGCCAUUCUGAUGAAUCAUCCCCCAUCUAGAG